CAGUCUUCUCGUUACUGCCGCGAGCUGCAUAUCAUCCCUAUACGAUGGUACUAACAAGCGUUGUAUUCAUCAUUCUUGCGUCGUUGUGUGGUGUCAGAGACGUACAUGCUGAUACCAAUUUGGCAGCCUUCUCUAGAAAACUAAACAUGCUGGACAGAACGACCCAGGCGUGGAAAGGCACAUUUGCUGAUUUGGGGACUGAAAUGAGUAACAAUUUUGACUUGCUGAAAGAAGAACUGACUGGCACGUUCAUCCCUGCCUUGAUAAAGCCUCUAGUGAAGCAAGCGAUUACUGGCAUCCUGAAAGAAGAAUACGUGGGGAAUAUUAUCAGCGGACGAGUUCUUGCUGUAGUUACCAGCCUGAAAACUAGAGUACACAACACAAAGACACAACUUCGCUCAGUUAAACGAAAGAUCAGACAAGUUAAACGCGAAAGAGACUCUUACAAAGAGAGUCUUGGCAAACUACGAGGCGAGCUGACCAAAGACAUCCAUAGGAACUUUCAGGGAAUACAGCAAAGGAUACAGGAACUUGAGGAACGUGAUGCGCUGCGUGAGAAACCCAUCCAAGACUUGACUGAACAAAAUCAAAAAGCCUCGAUCGACCAGAGUCGGGACCGGAGCAACAGAGAAAAGGCUGCACAGAUGACGACAGUGACGACCAAUGCCUCGAGUGAUCCGAGUCGGACCGAGAGGACACAAGUGGCGACCACAGAAAAGCCUGCUACACAGGCCUCGAUCGACCAGAGUCGGGACCGGAGCAACAGAGAAAAGGCUGCACAGAUGACGACAGUGACGACCAAUGCCUCGAGUGAUCCGAGUCGGACCGAGAGGACACCAGUGGCGACCACAAAAAAGCCUGCUACACAGGCGACUCCAUCACCAGCAGACUGCAGCCGCCUCAUUGACGCCAGCUGGAGGGGGGAGCUGGAUGAGGUGAAGCGGCUCCUGUCUCUUGGCGUCGACGUCAAUUGUAGGGGAUGGAGGAACUGGACACCGUUGAUGUGGGCAGCAGGGUAUGGAAACAGUGACGUGGUGCAGCUCCUGGUGAGUAAAGGGGCCGAUGUGUCACUGGUGGACGUGGUCGGUGUAAACAUCCUUCACUUCGCCGGUUGGGGAGGAGACUUAGAGACGGUGAAGUUUGUGCUGUCACUGAACGUGGUGGACAUCGACGCCAGGGACAAGGAGGGGAAGACAGCGGCGGACUAUGCUAGAUCCAAUAGAUAUCCGCGAGUGGUGGAUCUGCUCGAGUCCCGUGGCGCUCAGUGACGUUAGUGUCGUGUUUGUGUAGAUGGUGGAGGAGACCUGACAGUGACGUGGUGUGCCGUUCACGUCGUCGUGUGUAAAUAUGUCUUUAUUUACGUGGAACUGUUUGCUGUUUUUGGAGAUGAAUAAAACGUGUAAAAAAA